CCUGUUUUCAAUUUAAUACUGCGUCAGCUGUUGAUGACAACAUUUCUGCAUGGUUUCUGUAUUGCAGCAGAUUUUCUCGAUUUAGAGGGAUGGCAACGUCAGAGAGUGAUGAUUUCGAGAGCGCAGACGAAGGAUUCGAUGCAGAUGAUUCGCCGAAGAAGAGUAAAAUCAGUGGAGUGACAACUGGUGUGCAAAAGCUUGGACCAGCUGCUGAGACCAAGGAAACCUCAGUCGAAGAAAGCAAAAAUGUUAAACCUGUAGAGGUUUCCGAGGAAGGUGGGUGGGAGCCGGAUGAUUUGGAUGAUGAUAUUUUGUACAGCAUUGAAGAGAGCAAUAUCGAGGAAGUGACAAAAGCAGUAAACGAUUUAAAAGUCGAACCAGCGGAGGAGCAACAACUGCCUGUCACAGAAACUCCCACGGUUCCAACAACUGCAGAAACAAAAACAGAAACCAGUGAGACACCAAAUGAGGUGCAGCAAAAAGAACGCCGACAAAGGCCUAUACGAGAAGCUAAAAAUAUUGGAAAACUCGGUUCCGGAGGAGCGAAGAAAUUAGGAAGCAAACUAUCUGGAAGCAGUGCAGCUGCAAAUAAAGUAACUGAAGAUGUCCCUGAUAAUUUCAAAGAAUUUAUUAAGGAGAGUGAGAGGAAGGAAGAAGCGGAAGAAAAGAAACCAGUCGAGGUGGCAUCAGUUUUGGACAAACUCGCUGCAUCAUCAGAGGAGCCUCAACAACAGGCCUCGGGUUGGGGAGCCUGGGGUGGAUGGGGAUCGUCUCUGCUGACCACUGCUACCUCCAGCGUUACCAGUUUAGGAAGUCAAGUGAUAAAUACAGUUAUUGACACUGUUGAAAGUGGGUUAGGCGCCCCAAAUCCUGAGGAAAUUGCCAGAGAACAAAUAGCUGAGACAGUCAAAGAACCUUUGAUCAAUCCUAAUGAGGAAGAAAAGACUGCUGAUGGUGGUGAUCAAACUAAUAUCUCCUUUCCUUUGGGAAGUUGGAUAUCUGGAGUCAGCCAGCUUGGCAAAAUCGUAGAAAGCACUGGGUCAAAGGUGAUUUCAGGCGGGCUGGACACGUUGGAAAACAUUGGAAAAAAGACCAUGCAAGUUCUUCAGGACGGAGAUCCAGGAUUGAAAAAGAAAAGGGCUUUGUUUCAACCAGAUAAACCAGUGCUCUCUCAAGCACUUCGAGAAGCUAAAGAGUUGGCUGAGCAGCAUGAACAGGCAGCUGAAGAGAAAAUUGCUGCUAGAAAGGUUCAUUUUGAGACUUUAUUCGAUGAUUUUCAAGGUCUGGUCCAUUUGGAGGCGCUGGAAAUGCUGUCUCGACAGUGUGAGAUGAAACUGCAGUCGUCGCUGCUUAAGUUGGCAGGAGCAGAGUUGAAGGAAGCCCACGAAAAGCUGGUUGCUGUGCGUGAUGAAAGCAUUUUGCCUUCAACAGACGACAUAGAGGAACCUGAGGGUGACAUUUCAGAAGCGGUUUUAGAAAAUAUCCAGUCACUGCCAGUCAAAGUUUCAUCUGACAAGCUCUUAAAGAUAUGGAAUAGUUUGCAAAGCCUUUCAACGCGAGAUGCAACACUGGCAGAUGAUCACGCUCACUGCAUCAGCUCUCUUGCAGAACUGACGUCAGCCUGCGUGGAGGUUUUUCACAGAACUGGCGAGCUCUUAACGGUCAACGAAACUCGAGAUCCUCUCACAGAGGCCCAGGCUCUUCAAAAACUCACUAUCAACUUGACAUUUUUGGUGGAAAAGUCGGCAACUCUUCUAUGCGAAAACCUGAACCAAAAGCACGGCGAAGACGCACAGAUCAUCAUCACCAAAGUUUUCUUGGAGGCUUCAAAUAGCAGCACUUACAUUCAAGACGCAUUCCAGUUGCUCAUGCCUGUGCUGCAGCAAGCAACCUUGCUAUAAAUUUCCAUUUUUCAGCAUCUUUACUCAAAAAAUUGUUGCAUGAUUAUUCUAGAAUUAAUCGUGGCUUGCUUAUUGUAAGAUUAAUAAAACAAAUUUAUUUAACAAGUUA